UACUAGGGGAGGAAGAACCCAGCGCGCAUGCGUGGUUCAUCGGACAAGAUGGCGACGAGCAAUGGUGGAGGGAUGGAGGUGGACGGCGCCGCCAGCCCCAGCGUCAUGGCCUCUGGGCUCACCGGCAGCGUGUCUGUUGCCUUGCAUCCACUCGUCAUCCUCAAUAUAUCAGAUCACUGGAUACGGAUUCGCUCACAGGAGGGGCGGCCGAUGCAGGUGAUUGGAGCCCUGAUUGGGAAACAGGAAGGUAGAAACAUUGAGGUGAUGAACUCCUUCGAGCUGCUCUCCCACACCGUAGACGAGCGAGCACAUAUCGACAAAGAGUACUACUACACCAAGGAAGAACAAUUCAAACAGGUGUUCAAAGAGAUGGAGUUCCUGGGCUGGUACACUACAGGAGGUCCACCAGAACAAUCUGACAUCCAUAUUCAUAAGCAGAUCUGUGAGAUCAUCGAGAGUCCUCUGUUCCUGAAACUCAACCCGUUGACCAAACACACAGAUCUUCCUGUUACAGUUUUCGAGUCAGUGAUUGACAUAAUCAAUGGCGAGGCCACCAUGUUGUUUGCGGAGCUCACCUACACGCUGGCCACUGAGGAGGCAGAGAGGAUCGGCGUCGACCACGUGGCUCGCAUGACCGCCACGGGCACGGGCGAGAACUCCACCGUGGCCGAACACCUCAUCGCGCAGCACAGUGCCAUCAAGAUGCUCCACAGCCGAGUGAGGAUAAUCCUGGAGUACGUGAAGGCGGUGGAUGCAGGCGAGGUGCCGUUUAACCAUGAGAUCCUCCGGGAGGCCAACGCUCUGUGCCAUCGACUGCCAGUCCUCAGCACCAUCGCAUUCAAAACAGACUUCUACGAUCAAUGCAACGACGUCGGCCUCAUGGCCUACUUGGGGUCCAUCACCAAGACGUGCAACAGCAUGAACCAGUUCAUCAACAAGUUCAACGUGCUGUACGACCGGCAGGGGAUCGGCCGCAGGAUGAGAGGACUCUUCUUCUGAGCGGCGGGAGGAGCUGGAGAACACAAUGAACUCACAAGCACUGCUGGUUUAUCUUUACUUUUUUGCUCGCCUUUCUUUUGGUUUUCUUUUUUCUUCGUUUUUUUUUUUCUUUUGGUCAGGUCAGACAAAUGUACUGGAUGUUCCUGGUCAAAUGCAAGCGCAUCGAAAACAAAAUACCCCCCCACACUGUACUACACAACUUGGUAUAAAGAGAUCUAAGUCACUUCGGAUGGUUUAUGUUGAGUGCACAUUCAGAUAAAUCCCAUGUACAUGAUCCCCUAAAAAAAAUGUUUUAGCCCUCUCCCCCUUUGAUUUGCUUUGCUCCGUUGAUGUUGAAUGUUUUCGUAUGUAAUAAAUAACUUGAUUUUUCAUGGGACUUGUAUUCUUUUUUUGAAUUAA